GGUACCUGUCAACCUAGUGAUGAAGGCGACAAAAGAUAUUUUGUCUGAGAAGCUUGUCAAGACUGCCGUUAAAAUGAUGACAACACAACGAAAACCUGCAUUUUGCAUUAGCAUGCCGCUGAGGGUAGAUACUCUGGCCAUGAUCCACCGCAGCACCAAGUUACUUGACCUGUACACAGUUUUAGUAGAAGCAUCGUGUAGGUCACUCAGAUUGUUAGAAAGUGUGCUAAUAGAACAGUUGGGACAAGAAGGUAUUGGUGAUGGAGCAGGCUUACGUUUGCCAGAAACAUUUCAUUAUUUGCCUCAAGAAAUUGGUCAUUUUCUAACAAGAGUAGUGCCAAAAGGAAUUCCAGAUGAAAGUAUGGAAAAUGAAAGACAAGCACUGCAUGAACAGUUGGCAUUACCCACAAACAGGCCCAUAUUCCGCAGAGGUAAUGCAUACUUCGACAAAAGUGGUGGGCGAUUAAUAAAUCCACAUGAAGCCAUCCCACCGACCGUCAAGCCUGAUGUUACCGUGGCUUUAGUUCGAGGCAGAUAUACCUAUCACCAUUACAUGCAAGACAACUUCAAUGAUGAUGGAUGGGGAUGUGCUUACCGCUCCAUGCAAACAAUUUUUUCUUGGUUCAGGUACCAAGGAUAUACUACAGUAGAAGUACCCACCCAUAAAGAAAUUCAACAGUGCCUCGUGAAAAUUGGAGAUAAACCUUCAUCAUUUAUUGGUUCCAAACAGUGGAUAGGAUCCACUGAAGUUAUGUUUUGCUUGGAAACAUUACUUGGUGUCACAUCAAGAAUUAUCUUUGCAAACACUGGAUCGGAACUUCAGAGUUAUGCCCCUGAGCUGGUACAUCAUUUUCAAACGCAUGGUAGCCCUAUCAUGAUUGGUGGAGGAGUCCUUGCGCAUACCAUCUUAGGCGUGGAAUAUAAUUCUCUGACAAACGAAACUCGCUAUCUCAUAUUAGAUCCACAUUAUACUGGUUCUGAAGAUCUGGCUGUAGUGGUAAGCAAAGGGUGGUGCGGUUGGAAGAAUUCAGAUUUUUGGAACAAAGUUGCUCAUUACAAUCUAUGUUUACCCCAAACUAAACCCGCUAUAUAAUUUUGUUGAAGACAUUGUAGGUUUUAUCUCCAAAAAAGAUAUAUCUUUUUUGUUAUUAAGUAUGCUUCAAGUAUGUAUUUCAAGGGAGAACAUAAAUGAGCUGUGAUACUGUUGGCGUUGUUAAAGUCAUCCAAUUCCAUUUCAUUGCAUUUUAAAAUUUGUAUUGGUUACAUGUAUUACAUAUCAUGAUCCCCAUCUUUUAUUUGGGCAGUAUAAAUAUGGAGUCUGAAUAAAAUAUGUCACAUAUUUUAAAAAUAUUUGAGAGACUAAAAGGUGGUUGAAAGUUAGCUAUAUAAUUUAUAUCCCUUUAAUCAUAAAUAUUAAAACAUUUAUUACUAUUCUAGCUAAUUAAUGCUUAUUUAUUCUCAGUCAAAUCUCAAUUGAUUGUGAUGAGAAGAGAGAGAUAUUUACAUAAAACUGUAUGUUAUGUGGUAAAUCUGUUUUAUUUUUAUGAAUAAAGGGGUUAAACCUCAUAUUGUGUCAUCUAUUAAAAUCUAUGUUCUUAUUAAUUAUUUUUUUGUGGUUUGAAGGAUGAAUAAAUGAUGGAUAGGUAGCCUUAUAUAAAAGUAAAUAAUUUAAAUUAAACAUUUUAUCACAUUUUUUCAACAUAAUUUAUUGUCAAGCACUGAUUUACUACAUGUUUUGUGUCAUCAUGUCACAGUGUAUUUUAUUGUAUUAUUAAUUAAAGGCAGGACAGGUAUAAGUUAAAUGGAGUUGUUAUAUUUUGUACCGAUUAAAUUAUAAUAAUUGGAAUAUGUGGUUUAAGUACAAUACCCUGCCUGUCAUUUAUUUUUUUGUGAUGUUAUCUAUCAAUAAAGAUUGAUGAAAAAAGAAAAACUUGAACUUGAAUGAACAGGGUUGCAGAAACAAAUCAUUGAUAUUAUUGUACAAAGAAUAAUUUUUGUUUACCUGAAUAUUCGAAAGGUUUUUUUUCAAGACUAUUAUGUAGUACCUACAGAAGAAAUAUAUUUUUAUUACUUGAUUUACACUUUUUAUGCAUGUUCGCGGCAUUCACAAACGUUCAUGCUGGGAAAUAUUGUGAUAAAAGCCAAAAAAUCAUGUUUCAUAACUAAAUAAUGUGAGAUUAAGUCUUAAUCUUCACAUUAUCCGAAGGCUAACAAAAGAAAGCAGUAACGAAAUUUAACUUCAACGUUUAAUAAUAAAUAUCUCUACACUUAUGUACAUUGGCUAGCUUUUGUCAACUAACUAUUGAAAUUUUACACCUAUACAAUUACAUACUUACAUAGUAUAUUUUAUUUACAACUAAAUCACAGAGAAACGUGUU